CCAUCAUCAUGUUUUCAUCCUUGCAGGGGGAGGGAGGGUUGACUACGAGGCAAAGUGGGGGGAGAAACAGACACACACGGGGCCUAGUCGUCACAUAUUUUCAUACGAAGAAGCUGUGCCGCUAAACCACCCGUUUUUGGUUUCCCAAAACAACUCCGGCCCGGGCCUCAGUCCGCGGUCUAGAGUUUGAUAGCAGGCUGUUUGAGACGCCUUGGUGUGCAGCUGCCAACAAGUCCCUUUGAUCCAGCCACCAUCAUGGGAGACAGUAGAGACUCCCGUAGCCCAGACAGUUCGUCUGUGUCCUCCCCUCCCUCAGGCCAGCGCUCGCCCCCGCUGGUUCCCUCAUCCGCAGCUUCCAUGACCUCCCUUCCUCCCAUCAGCACCUCUGGGGUCGACAGCCCCAUCAGUAGCAUCGGCUCCCCUUUUUCUGUCAUCAGCUCUUCAUUGGGCUCCCCCUGCUUACCUGGCACGCCAUCAAUAGGCUAUGGCCCCAUCAGCAGCCCACAGAUAAAUUCAACAGUGUCCAUGUCAGGGCUUCAUGCCGUGAGCAGCUCAGAUGAUGUGAAACCUCCGUUCGGCUUGAAUCAGCUGUCGCCCCAAAGCCCAGGGCCGAUGCUUUCCCAGAAACGCCUUUGUGCCAUCUGCGGAGACAGAUCAUCCGGUAAGCACUAUGGUGUCUACAGCUGUGAGGGCUGUAAAGGCUUCUUCAAGCGCACAGUGCGCAAAGACUUGAGCUACACCUGUCGGGACUGUAAAGACUGUUUGGUCGAUAAGAGACAGAGGAACCGUUGCCAGUACUGCCGCUACCAGAAGUGCCUGGCCAUGGGCAUGAAGAGAGAAGUGGCCAAGAUGAACGACAGAUCUGUCCAAGAGGAACGGCAGAGGAACAGGGAACGAGAAGACGAGGUGGAGUCGACUAGCGUGGUGAACGAGGAGAUGCCGGUGGAGAAGAUUUUGGAAGCGGAGGUGGCUAUAGAGCAGAAGACGGAGCUUCAUGCUGAUGGAAGUUCAGGUGGCAGCUCUCCCAACGAUCCAGUGACCAACAUCUGUCAGGCCGCAGACAAGCAGCUCUUCACCCUGGUGGAGUGGGCUAAGAGGAUCCCUCACUUCUCUGAGCUGGCCCUGGACGACCAGGUCAUCCUGCUGCGGGCAGGCUGGAAUGAACUUCUGAUUGCAUCGUUCUCCCAUCGCUCCAUCUCGGUGAAGGACGGGAUUCUGCUGGCCACCGGCCUGCAUGUCCACAGGAACAGUGCUCACAGUGCAGGCGUCGGAGCCAUCUUUGACAGGGCGCACAAUGCCGAGGUUGGGGCCAUAUUUGACAGGGUGUUGACAGAGCUUGUAAGCAAGAUGAGAGACAUGCAAAUGGACAAGACAGAGCUCGGGUGCCUUCGAGCAAUCAUCCUCUUCAACCCAGAUGCCAAGGGUCUGUCCAUCCCCAGUGAGGUGGAGCUCCUGAGAGAGAGGGUGUACGCAUCGCUCGAGUCUUACUGCAAACAGAAAUACCCCGAUCAGCAGGGCAGGUUUGCGAAGCUCCUCCUCCGGCUCCCUGCACUGCGCUCCAUUGGUCUGAAAUGCCUGGAGCACCUGUUCUUCUUUAAGCUGAUCGGCGACACGCCUAUCGACACCUUCCUGAUGGAGAUGCUGGAGGCGCCUCACCAGCUCACCUAGAGGAGCCAGGUUCGGUCCCUCAGGAUCCGAUGCACACCAGGAUCACCAACACGCCCCCCCCCACAUCGGGUCUACGGCUCCUCUCCACGAGCCUCGCUUAACUGCAGCACCUGCUGGUUUUAAUGUACCGGCUCUCACACACAUAAUCCAUGUCACUGACUUAUUAUCAUCACACACACAUGCAGAUCUUAACUUGCAUCAAUUGACAUGCAAAGAAAACAAUAUAAUGCUACCACACAUACACACACUCUUUUAACCGUUAUCCCUCCUUUUCCAUACUCAGUUUUCCACCAUCUUGUCACACAUAUACAGUAAAUGUCUUAAUUUGAGGUUAGCCUUCAGUUUUCACAUCUUCAUCUCACUGCUGGUUUUUGCUUCUGCGUAACUGGUAAACCUUCCCCAUUUUCACUUCGGUAAUAUCUUACACUGCUAGCUGCACCUCUCUAUAUUCUAGACUUCACUAUCCGGUUAGUUGUUCAUGUAUGGUUUUAGCUUAACAUACGGUGCUUAGCAUUUCAAUCAACUGUCCAUCAUCAUCACUUCUGAUUGGUCAGGAGGUGUCCCUUAACAAUCAGCCAGACUUAGCCUCCCAGUGAGUUCAUCCAAUCCCGUAAAUAUUGAAAUAUUUUAUGCUUUUUUUAUAUAUUCAUGCUGAAACUGGUUUGAGUUUCUUUUUUGAAGUACUGUAAAUGAGAGCUUUUUCCACUGCAUUGAAAUCCAGGAAAAGGGGAGUGGGAGCACUUUGUCUAAAGACGAGCUGUGUCCCUCCCACCGUGAUGCGCACAGUGGGCUUUGUAAGACUAGAAGAAUGACUUGAAUUUUUGUUUUUUUUGCCUAGCUUUGAUUUCCUCCUUUUCUCUAUUUGGGCAGUUGGUUGAUAUCAUUUUGAGGCUCACAGGAAGUACAGCUUCCUGCAUCCUAGUUUCUUGUGUCUCCUUUUCUCCCAAAUCCUCCUUUUGCUGGUGGUCAUUUAUGCACUUUUGUGAAUUGUUACUGUGUAAAUGUUCCUGUUUCCUAGAAAUGACCAUCUAUUCUCCGACGCCUAAGAUGACCUUGAAGCGUUGUGAUGUGUAGGAUUUUGUCAUUAUUGCAUCAUUGUUGAAUCAGAUGUGAUGAUUUAUUAUAGAACAUGCUUGCCCACUUCCUGUUCAGACAAUAAGGACGUUUGGGACUGAUCCCUUUGAAACAGUUGAGCCGGUAUGAUCGCCUGUCAAAACACCCAGUCGAGCUGGCAGUCUAUUUUUCGGAUACGAUGCUCUUUAUUCCAAAAAUAUCUUCUUUACAUCAACUGCCCGUUGGAAGAAAAUCAAAACGUGUCUGCAUCACACAGCUUUGUAUUUAGGAUGCUGCACCCGGUCCCCUAUGUAAAACCAGACUCAAAAAGAAGAGCUACACUAAGAGCAGCAGCAAGAAUUGUUAAGACCAGAUGAAAUGAUUUCAAAUUGGCAGUAAUGCAACAUUUCACCUGACCAUCAAUCAGUCCAAGUCUCUGCUAUCCUGCUCCUCACGAAGGAUUGCUGGAUGUGGAUAUAGUCUGGUAAACAAUGCACCUUGCUGAAUAACUAGCGUGUCGCGUUCAUGUAAUGCAACAAUGAUAUCAGUUAUAUAAUGGAAAUCCUACUACCUGCAACUUUGGAAACUUUAUUCCGUGUGUAUUGGCUCAAUGCUUGCAACUUUUGUACAGUUGAUGUAAAUACUACAAAAAGAAAAACAUAGGAUUCGUGUAGAAACAAAGGCCUGUUCACAGUCAAUGUGAAAUAUGUCAAAUUGAAAAAGCUCAAUUUGUUGCUGUUGAAUCAACAUCAGCAUUAAGGACAUCAACAAGUCAUUGUUAUUAUUGAGCCCAGGGCCACACCUCACCUCAGUGCUGCUUGUGCACCAUCUGCUGCCAAUGCCUCCUGCUGUCCCUGGUAGUUGAUUGGCUAGAUUUAAUUGGCAAUGGCACUUGGCAUUUACUGUGAUUGAAAUGUGUGUGCAACUGAAUCUGAAGCGUCACAGUGAAAUAUGAAAUGCAGCUACCACAUGAUCAGGAGAUCAACUAUGAGAUCAUGUAUGUACACAUGCUCAAAGGUGAGCAACACUGGGGUCUCACACAGAUUGAUGACUUUUUAUGUUUAACGUUUUCUGUUAGGAAUACUAAGCAAUUAAUAGCAACUAGCAACAUAUAUUUGACAGUAUCAUUCUGCAGGGAAGAGAACAGCGGUCCUCUACCAGGUGCUAAAUAAUACUUUGAGUUCAAAACUUGCACAUUCACAUCAAUGCAAACAAAGUAUGCAAGUACACAGGAAAGUCAUUCUCCACUUAUUGAACCUUCUUCUUAGGAUGCAGGAUUCCCUUGUAGUGUUAUUAUUACUUUACGACCCCUUAUUGCAGACUAUGGAAAAUGAACACCAGCUUGUACAUUUUGACUGGCUGACAAAUCGUAGUACUCUACAAGACACAGCCAGUGUCUCUUGUAUUUUAGAAAUCAGUUAGGCUGGUGAAAAGAUGAAAGGGAAGGUGAAAUACUUUGACCAGAAUUAGCAUCGAGUUUCCUACCCUGCAGAUAGUCCAAAUACUUCUGAAAGAGGACCCUUAGCCUCCCCCAUGAAAUGCGGAUUAGAGGUUGGCAGUUAGAUGACCUGUAAGACAGGUGGCUUUGCUUAAUGUCAGUGUGUUGGUCUAACCAUAGAAGUGUUGUUUCAGUUGUUCUCCAUCCAAGCAUUCAUCACAUGAAGUAUUCUGAUGUCUGUUAAUGUAGAGAAAAGUCGACCCCUUGAUCCAUUCUUUUGGAGUCUGCAAGGAAACGCAAGCUGGUGCCACGCUUAUGGUUUCGGUGACGGGCACCGACAUUUGCUAGCAUUCUUGCACUGUUUGAGAUGCGGUGUGGUCUCAGUGCUUUAGUAUCUGGAGUGUUCAGAUUAGCCUAAACUAGCAGUCUGAGUUGUUUGACUUGAGUGAACAAGGAAUAUGUGGCCACCAAACGUUGAGCUUUGUGAUCUGGACAGCUGUCCUAAGACAGUUUGGAAUGAAUGUGAGUGCAACCUUGUUGUCUCUCAGAGAGUAGGCUGACUUUAGCAUGUGUGCAGGAUGUUAGUGUUUGGAGUUCUACUGCAUCAUGUUCAUACCUGGAGAUGGGAAUCAUUAUGAAACCAGUCGUGUACACAGCUGACUGAGCAAAUGCCACGAAUCAUCAAGAAGUGACAGUAUGCUAUUGCUGCACAUUGUUGCUUUAUCUGUUACAUAAGUGAAUUGGCAGUGAAAGGAUUUAGAAUUCCCAUCCCCCAUAUAAAUAACAGCAAUGUGUUCAAAAUUACCAAUUUCUAUAUUUCUUAACAUUGCACUAGGUGUUGAUGUCAUGAAGAGAAUGAUGAACUGAUGCACAUCUGAAAAGAAGUCCGUGCAGGUUCUGAAUGCUAAGCUCUGCUGAUCAGGCCGGUGGUUUGAGCGAGAGCUGGUGGUUGGGUAUUAAUGAUUUUUUAACAUUUGUUAUAGGGUAUGUGUGGCCACAUGUGUAUGCUUUGUGUACAUGUGUAAUGAAUCUGCAGCUACGCCUUUGGACUGGCAGAUAAUAUAGCUUUGGUGGUGAUGUGCGGUGUGAUGAGAGACUUGAUGCACAGAGGAAGAGGAGCCAAGCUGGAGGGCUGAUGGAAAGCCGUGUUGACCUGAUGCUUUAUCAACACAGCCUCCUCCCUUCCUCCACUUUACCCCGUCUCCACUGCUUUACUUUAAUCCUAACAAAGGCUCAUCCACUCACUGGGCUGAACUUGGCUUUGCAUUGGAAAGGUUUUUGUAAAAUAAUCCUCUUAUUCUUGGACUGUUUUGAAAAGGAUGUGAAGCUUUCCUCGGGACGAGCAUUGGAGAGCUGUAAGGAAGGGAUUCAGUGCCGCGUGUCCCUCUUUGCUUACUUUACUUGAUGGCAGCGACGAUCCCCGCUCGCCGCGGGAGAACCCUAUAUCCCACCGCGCCGCCCACAAAUGUUUAUCGUUGCAACGGUGUGCACUCAAGGCAGACGCAUGCUGUGACCUUUUGACUGUGUAGCAGUAUUGUUGUCGCCAUCUUUGUUACAUUUUGAAAUGAAUCUCUUUCUGAAAAUAAGGACAUUGAUUAAACAUGCUUUUUUAAAUACGAUUGCUGGCUGUGACUGAAGAGUCGAUCAUCGUGUAUAGAGUAGAUAUCAGGGCGGCAUUUGUACCUAUUGACACAGGCCCUCUGGAGCCAAGGCCUAUCCCAUUAUGAUCAUUGAGGCAGUGUGUGCUAUGCCGCCUUUGAACCACCCUCACUGGUUUAUCACUGCCAAGCUGUACGCCGAUUUGGGCUCCUUUUUAAUGCAGGGCCUCAGUCCCCUGUGCUUGUUUGUCAUGUAUGUUGUGUUAAUUGUGCAGCAGACUAAAGAGUGUGUGCUAACCUUAGGCUGUGUAGUGCAUACUAAAGAAGGACCCUAAGAGGAUCUGACAGUUUGUGUGGAGAGGGGAAGGGCUGUUCGCUGGAGACAGUAGUGCACCAGUGUGUGGCCCCCUCUUGGUGCUCAAGCAGUUCAUUGGUGCUUUUUUUUAUAGGGUCCCCCCCGGCCCUUAAAACGUAUGCUCUCGUUUCCAUGACACAGGGAAAUGCAUAUAUGACUGAAAUACAAAGAGGGAACGGUUAAAACAGGGAUAGCCCUGCUCUGCUGUGUCAGUCACAUGUGGCUGCAGCUGGAUACCACCAUUUAGAACAUGAGGGGGAAACCGUGGCUCUUCGGAGAUGCAGUGAAAAGGCCUGAAGAGGUCUGGUUGCAGGAGGCACCUCUGAGCAGAAUCUGGUUACAUGUAUUGAACUUGAUGGAAGGAAUAUGAUUGCUCACGUUAAAGAGGAGGUUGUUGAUCAUGGUGUGAUGAUAUUUGGAAGUCAAAGAGAAAAAGGAAGGGUAAGGACCGAAACACAACUCGGAUCAGGUGUCGUUAAGUCGCUCAAGAAGAAAACCUAUUUUCUGGUAGAACUCAAAUCUUCCUUAAUUGUCUACUCUUCUUCACCUUGGAAAAAGAAUUCCCGCUGUUUCUUUGUGUUGUUUCCUGUCUCCCUCUUCUCCAGCUAUGAUAUUCAUAUUUUGUUUAUUAGGCGACAAAGUAUUAAACAAAAGCAAGAACUGUAAAAUCAGAAGUGGAAUAUGUCACCCUUAUUUUUUGUAUUGUUCUCUCGUGUCAGUUAUUUGUCCUGUUUGUAUCCGACUCCAUCGUACACAUGGAGCUGAGUGACUAUCGUGUGCUUCGGGGAUUGAAAGAAGAAAAAAAAAUGAAUACUUUUUCAGUCAUUAAUUCUAAAUCUUGUUUCUGUUUGUUGUAUCAUGUCCGAGUAAAGGUUUUAAUACUGUA